AUGUUUACCUCCGCCCUGAAAUCGUUCAACUCGAACAUCUCCGCCAAUUACCAAAUAUCGCCCAACCCCACUGUGUACUCAGGCCCUUGGAAAAUCCAUGACGCAAAGAAGAAGUCAACCGGAACCGCGGCGUCGGUGUUUAUAUUUGAUCGCAAGUCGCUGGACACCCGCUCUGGUGGAUUUGGGAGAAGCUCGGGUUCUUCCAGCAAGAAGCUUCAAGAAGACAUAAUUGAACGUCUCAAGCGCGAAGCGAGUAAUCUCGCUCGGUUACGACACCCAUCAAUCCUUCAAGUCUUGGAGCCCGUUGAAGAAACUCGAAAUGGCGGCCUCAUGUUUGCGACGGAGCAUCUCACAGCCUCACUCUCUGGUCUGCUGCUGGAGAAAGACGACCAGGAAAAUACCACACGUGCGGGGUCACGAACGGGCCGAUACAUGGUCGAGGAAGCCGAUGGGACAAGGAGGAGAAGAGAUGUAGAGAUCGAUGAGCUGGAAAUUCAAAAGGGACUCUUGCAAGUUGCUAAGGGUCUUGAGUUCUUGCACGAAUCUGCCGGCUUGGUCCAUGGAAAUUUGAACCCGGAAGCUAUCUAUAUCAAUGCCAAAUCAGAUUGGAAGAUCUCUGGUCUGGGAUUUGCAGGACCUCCAGACUCCUCUGAGACUAAAUCCUCGCUUCCACCAUUGGCUGUUUCGGAAGUUCUCUAUCAAGAUCCGAGGGUCCCAGCUUCGGUACAACUAAACCUCGAUUAUACGUCACCGGACUUUGCCAUGGACUCCAAUGUGUCUUCGGCCGCUGAUUUGUUCUCCUUGGGACUGAUCAUCAUAGCGUUAUACAACUCACCACAUACCUCACCCCUACAAACACACGCAAAUACCACCACAUACAAGAAACUGCUCAGCUCGCCAUCCUCGACCCCGUCUCAAGGGAAUAACUUCCUUUGCUCGAAACCUAUUCCCAAGGAUGUUCUCUCACAUGUCCUGCCGAGGCUCAUUACCCGGAGACCUGCGCAAAGAAUGAAUGCCCGGGAGUUCCAGCAAUCCCCAUAUUUCGACAAUGUGCUAGUCUCCACCAUUCGAUUCUUAGAGUCGCUGCCAGCCAAAAGUCCAAAUGAGAAGUCCCAAUUCCUCCGAGGCCUGCAGCGCGUACUCCCUGAGUUCCCUGUCUCUGUCCUGGAGAGAAAACUGUUGGGGGCAUUGUUGGAUGAAGCGAAAGACCGAGAAUUACUCCCCUUGAUUCUUCAAAAUGUAUUUGGGAUUUUGCAGCGGAUUCCCAAUGGACGCCGCGUGUUUCCUGAGAAGAUCAUUCCUCGCCUGAAGGAAGUCUUUGGAACGGGGUCUAACAAGCCGCCUGCCGAGAGGGACUCCAAAAAAGACGCCGGUCUCAUGGUGGUGCUUGAGAACAUGAAGAUUAUUGCCAAAAACUGUUCAGGAAUGGAAUUCAAAGAUGACAUUCUGCCUCUCAUUCGGCUUGGACUGGAUUCACCACAGCAUUCUUUGGUGGAUGUUUCCAUCAAGUGCCUUCCGGCCGUGCUUCCUGUUCUUGAUUUCAGCACUGUCAAGAAUGAAGUGUUCCCUCCCAUCGCUGCCACUUUCAGUCGCACAAGCAGUCUUGCUAUCAAGGUCCGCAGUCUGGAAGCGUUCAGUGUGCUGUGCGGAGCUUCUGCUGAUGAUUCCGAUGGGCUUGAUGAUGACCUGUCUGGGGUCGUAGCCAACAAGGCUACCUCGUCGAAAUCAUCAAUUCUGGACAAGUAUACCAUCCAGGAAAAGCUUGUCCCAUCUCUGAAGGCCAUCAAAACAAAGGAGCCCUCGGUGAUGAUGGCUGCGCUCAAGGUAUUCCGCCAGGUGGGACUUGUUGCGGAUACCGAGUUUCUGGCUUUGGAAGUUCUGCCUGUCCUUUGGAGCUUCAGUCUCGGUCCACUGCUGAGCCUUAGUCAAUUCAACGAAUUCAUGGCCUUGAUCAAGACUCUCUCCACUCGAAUCGAGCAAGAGCAGAGCAAAAAGCUCCAGGAGCUUUCCUCCAGCACUGGAGCGACUGGUUUCCAAAACGGGGCCAAUGAGUUCUCCCAGUCCGCUACCGGUCUCGGCUCGCCAGAUGCAGACGGCGCAGGUAGUUUCGAGCGUCUUGUCCUUGGGAAGAAGCCCUCAUCUACCAAUGGUGAGGCUAUAGAUAUGUGGGGUGGCAUGGAGUCUGCGCCGGUCAAAGCUGCCCCUAGCGCAUCGCCUUCAUUCUCGUGGUCUUCAAACCAUGCAGGCAUGACCAACCAGGCCAGCGCCUUGAGCUCCCAAUCUAACCUUGGUUUCCGCUCCAUUACUCCGGAUCAGAAAUUGAGCUCUUUCCCUUCCCUGGCUCCUGCAGCCCCGCCUCGGCAGACUUCUCCUAUUGCUUCGCCAACUGCCCAGCCUUUCCCUCCUAUGCAACCACAAUCCUCAUCUUCUAUCUGGGGGGCUCCCGCCAACUCCAAUGCACGGCCACAGAUGGGCGCCUCUAGUCCGUCUUUGACAUCCAUGUCGACCAUGAUACCCUCGAAUUACAUGUCAGGAUCCACUGCGGCAGCGCCCAACUACUCGUCCUUUGCGAUUCCUCCCCCUCCUGCUGGAAACAUGGGCUCCAGCAACACUGUGCGAUCCCCAUUGAACCCUACGAUGAGGUCCCCAUCUUUCCCCUCCCCACCUCCGCCCCAGCAAUCGGUGAACUCGAAGCAGGGACUGGAUAACUACACCAUGUACCUCAUGCGUGGCAUUGCGCCGCUCCGCUCUCUACCCCGCUACUCUCGUCUCUCUCGUUCUCGACUCACCUUCUCUUCAUAUACCCGUCUCAACAUGGAUGAAAGCGUCAAGAAACACUACCUCGCUGACUCGCCUCCUUCGGUGGUCAGAUUGGAGAUCAAGACUCACUUUGACACGCUGAAAGACCAGAACCUCCGUAAAUAUGCACACUUCAUGAGCAGAGCUGCUUUUGAGGGCACCCGUGUCACUCUGCGCCAAGUCUCCCCCGAAUCCGAACCCAUUUAUGACCUGAUCAUUUCGCUCUACCAUGCUUCCAAUGGCGACUGGAACAGCCUGGCCGAAAAGACACAAGUGAGCGCCGAGGAUCUCCGUUUCUUCCUCGAAUAUGCCGGUCAAUUCUUGGGCAACUGCGGAAACUACAAGGGCUUUGGUGAUUCCAAGUUCAUUCCUCGACUCUCGCCAUCCGCGUUCGAGACUCUAGCCUCCGCUACUGCAGAGACAAAGGCCGCCUUCCAGAAGGCCAACACCACUGGGGGCGGUAUCUACGAAACAAGUGAACAGUCCAUGAUGCACCUGGGAUACCCCACGGGCGGCCACAUGACCACCUAUUACCCCGAUUCACCGACGAUCACACAGGAUGAAAUCACGGCAAUUGGAGACUUAAUGGAAAAGAAGGGCCUCGCCCUUGAAAACACUAGACUUCGCAAGACACCCUCUGGCGACUUUGAACUGUUGAUCGCAUCUGGCGUUUCUUCCCCGCCCGUUAAAGAUCGCGAUCUUGGUGAUGUGGAUACUUUCCAGCUCGAGGGUGAUCUGAAGGGCAAGACCCUUCGUCUAGUGUUUGGUGAUCACCAGGAAGAAAUGGCAAAGAUUGCCCAUUCUAUCAAACAAGCUGGGCUUGUGUCUGCGAAUGAGAAGCAGAAACGCAUGUUGGAUGCCUAUGCCCUUUCUUUCGGUGCCGGCUCUAUUGAGGCUUUCAAGGAGAGCCAGCGCAUCUGGGUUCAGGAUCAAAAGCCUGCUCUUGAAACAAACAUUGGUUUCGUCGAAACCUACAGAGAUCCCCAUGGUGUGCGCGGAGAGUGGGAGGGCUUUGUUGCUCUGGUCAAUCUCGAGCGUACUCGUGCCUUUGGUGUCCUCGUGGACAGUGCUGAAAGCAUGAUCCCUAAGCUCCCAUGGGGUACAGACUUUGAGAAGGACAAGUUCCUUAGCCCCGACUUCACUUCAUUGGAGGUCCUGAGCUUCGGUUGCUCGGGUCUCCCAGCUGGUAUCAACCUGCCCAACUAUGAUGACAUCCGCCAGAAUCUAGGAUUUAAGAAUGUGUCUCUUGGCAAUGUUUUGAGUGCCAAGGCCCCCAAUGAAGCUAUUCCUUUCAUUGCGGAACGCGAUCAAGAGAUUUACCGUGAUUUCCGUGAUCCUGCUUUCGAGGUUCAAGUUGGAAUCCACGAGCUUUUGGGCCACGGAACCGGUAAGCUGUUGCAGGAAACUGCACCUGGGGAGUAUAACUUUGAUAUUCAAAACCCGCCUAUCAGCCCUGUCACCAACAAGCCUGUGUCGACCUGGUACAAGCCUGGACAAACAUGGAGCUCUGUCUUUGGAUCGAUUGCUUCGUCAUACGAGGAGUGUCGUGCAGAGUGCGUUGCUAUGGUGUUGGGCUGUGACUUUGGCAUCCUGAAGAUCUUCGGCUUCGGUGAUGGCAAGGAAGACCUGGCUGGUGAAGCCGGUGAUGUUCUCUUCGCGGCAUACUUGUCCAUGGCCCGUGCCGGUCUGGUCGCCCUCGAAUUCUGGGAUCCCAAGACCCAGAAGUGGGGUCAGGCUCACAUGCAGGCUCGCUACAGUAUUCUGCGCACCUUCCUCGAUGCCGGUGAUGACUUCGUCAAGUUGUCAUACAGCAAGGAGGAUCUGUCUGAUCUCGAGAUUCAUCUUGAUCGCUCGAAGAUCUUGACCCACGGACGCCCUGCUGUGGCGAAGUACCUCCAGAAGCUGCAUGUAUACAAGAGCACUGCAGACAUUCAGGCAGGUAAGGGGCUUUACGAUGAGAUCACCUCUGUUGACAGCUGGUGGGGAACUACUGUCCGUGAUGUUGUUCUUAAGAACAAGGUUCCUCGCAAGGUAUUUGUUCAAGCCAACACUAUCCUCGAGGGUGAUCAAGUCAGUCUGAAGGAGUAUGAGCCUACUCUUGAAGGCUUGAUUCAAAGCUUUGCCGAGCGCAAGGCAACCUACACCACGGUGUCGCGAGAAACGCCGCCGUCGGAUCCAUCAACCACGGCGUGCCCGCCCCGUCCAGCCGACCCUCGAGAGGACGAUUACACCGGACCUCCACUACCCCCUGCCUCAGCUUCCAGCUCCUCCGCACACCCGCCACCUUUCUCAUCCCUCUUCUUUGCGCCCCCCUCAGACUCCAAUCGCGCAUACAAGGUCACUGAACCCGGUCCCGCUUGUCCUCCCGCUUUAGCGCCCCCGACACCCGUCGAGGAGCCCCUCGAGCCGGCCAGUUCUUCGGCAGUCGUUGCUGACACAAAGGCCUCGUUCUCCGAGCCGAAAAACGAAGGUUCCUCUGACGACAGUGAACCUCCUCCCCCCUAUACCGAAGGAUACAGCCCGCUCGAGUCAUUCACCUACGUAAUGGCUGCUGCAGGAGGUGCUUCCAGUAUCAUUACCCAGGUCUCCCAGACUGGGGGUCCGCCAAUCAACACUCUCGGUGGUAAGCAUAAUGCAGAAUAUUACUGGGUGACUUUGGAUGCUAACAGGGAUCCCCUGACAGACAUUGGUGGCGAUGAAAAUAUUUGCCUUGAUCUCCGAAACACUCGGUUUACCUUAUCCCGGGAUGAGCUUUUGACCCUGCCGGAGUUUGUGCUCUUAUCUUUAUUCCCCAAUGGUCUGCUACCCGAUGGUCAUGCAACCAGUAAUGGCUUCCAUGACGGGGAUGUUUACCCCGUUGAUUAUGAUCCAGCGGCUCUCCAGUAUAUGCUGGACUUCUUCCGAAACGUCGCCCAGACAAUCCCCUCCUCUCUUCCUUCCGGCUCUACUUCACCCGAUGCGGAACUAGCGGAUGCAAUGCAAGGUUCUGCCCGGGAUAUGUUGCAAGACCGUGCUGGCAUCAUCGUUCUCCGGGAAGAUCUUGACUUCUAUGUUAUCCCUCCCCGUGCAGACAUUGGCCACGACGAGAUGCUUGAAGUCAAGCGUGCAGCUGGUCGGUCACUCUUGAAACAAGACGGGAUAUUCUCCGGGUUGAGAAAAAGCGAGGAAAUCGGAUCAACCGAACAACAUCUGAUCGAGAUGCUGACGGCCGGUGGAUUUGAUCGCGAAGAUCAAUGGGGCCACCGUGCCGCAGAGCCCAACAAGGCAGUCAUUUGCAGUCUUGCCUUGGCCAAACUCCGCACUGACAUCCGGGGUGACCUGUCCAACAACAAUGCUGUUGGCAUGGCCCAGAAACUUCUGCUGUUCUGGCGCAAGCCUGCUCGCCGCUGCUGGUGGGAAGGUAUUGAGCUGAACGAUGUGGAGGGUGUUGAAGGCCAGGUCAAAGUCUGGAUUCGGCGUGUGUGGACUCUGGAGAUGGUGAGAGAUUAUUCCUAUCACCUUGAUCCUUUGAAACUAACCUCUUGCAGAGCGUCAUUGGUCUCCGGUAAACUCUUCUUUUUCAACUUUCUUUCUUUGCAUCUUGUACUGCCAUUAUCAUUCCCCCGGCCUUUCGCCUCGAUGUUUCGUCUGUUCUCUUCCCAGGCAUUUCCGAUGCCCCCUCCAAUAUCCAAACAUUUCAUCUCGACAGCAGGGCUGGCGUACACAGCAGUUUGGAUUCCAUUCAUUCCAGUAUAUUGA